UAGUCUCACGGACUUGAAGAAACACAACUCUGUCUCUCCACAAACUCAACUUUCUCUUUCAUUCAUCACACAAAGAACAACACUUCAUCACUAGCAAGUAUUUCUUGAGAAACAUAGGAUUACGAGUUUUUGAUUCCUUCUCUUUUUUUAGACCAUAUGGUAUUUCCCUUUAUUGUCCACUCAACCUUUUUAAGCCUCACGCUUACACUAAAUCCUUUUUAGCCCUUCUUUCUUUCUUGUUUCCUUUGAGGUUCACUUUGUUAAAAGGGUUUUGCUUUGUUAUCACCUUCAAAACUUUGUGCUCCGUUUCUGUGUAGCUUGUGGUGCUGGUUUACUUUCUUCUUUUCUUUUUGCCCCCUUUAACACUAUAUAUUCCAUCUUUUAACGAAACUUGCUCCUCUUUUUGUCAGAUGUCUUUGGUUCUCUCCUUAUGUUUCAAGCUUCUCUUUGACUAUUCCUUUCCUUUUUAAUCCCUUCGUGCCACUCUCAAAACAAUCUCAUCCUUAUUUUCAUUUCAGCAACCACACUUCUCCAAAAAAUGGAUCAUCACAAUAUGCUUUGUCCAAUCAAAUAUACCGAACACAAGAGAACAAUCAGAAAAGUUACUAAUAUAAAGCCGCCUAAGAAGGUAGCGGAUGUCCGGAAAUCCUCGGAGUAUAAUCCUACUAUUCCGAGGACUGUACGGAUAUCUGUUACUGAUCCAGAUGCAACUGACUCUUCAAGUGAUGAAGAAGAGCUUUUUGGGCGGAAACGUGUGAAAAGAUACAUUAGUGAAAUCAGUAUUGAGACGCAAUCAAUUAAUGAUGUUAAAACUGUGAGUACUAGUAAUGGCAAGAAACGAGUAGCUGAAGCUUUGCAAGCGAAGCAGAAGGCGUUGAAAGGGAAGGAAGUGGUGCAGCUACCGGCUGAUGGAACUGUUAGGAAGUUCAGGGGUGUGCGUCAACGGCCGUGGGGGAAAUGGGCUGCUGAAAUCAGAGACCCAGCGCGUCGCGUUAGGCUCUGGUUAGGUACUUAUGAUACUGCUGAAGAAGCUGCUAUGGUUUAUGACAAUGCAGCUAUUAAGCUCCGUGGACCAGAUGCUUUAACAAAUUUCAUUACUCCUCCAAUGAAGGAGAAUCCGGAAGUCAAUGUGGCUUCGAAUUCGGGCUAUGAAUCUGGUGAUGAAUCACACAAUCUUUCUUCUCCCACCUCUGUUUUGCGGUUCAGAACUAGUCAAUCCAGUGAAGAAGCAGAGGUGUCCGAACCAAUUCUCGAAGAAACAAAAGUGGAAAUGGAUGUUUCAGAAGAAAAUUGCACAAUAUUGGUGGAACAACCAAACAGUGAGCAAAACGUCGAACACCUUGAGUGCCAGGGCGAGACACUUACAAUCACACCAGACUAUUCAAAUGAGUACUUACCCACAGACGUUUCCUUCUUAGACGAUUUUUUCAACUUUGCAGAUGCAGAACAAACACUAUUUAACGACACAACAAGUUUCGCCAAUGAUGAUUUGUUGACGCCAUCCAAAUACGUACCGUCUUGGGAUUUCACCAAUGACUUUGUAUUAGACCCUGAGAUUUGCAAAUUUGAUGAUUCAUUUCUAGACUUGGGUGCAUUAGAAGUGGAUAAUUAUUUCAAAGACAUUGGAGAUUUUUCCAGUGUUGAUGUUCUAAUGGCAUUAUAAUUUAUCCUCUCAAAACUACCACACAUUGUCUCCAGAUUGCCAGAGCUAUUGGCAAAUUUUGUCUACCGGCGACAAUGAGAAAUCGACUAGUAUAUUAGAGUUGUUUGUUUUAGAUUCUCCGUUUAAGUUAACGGAGUGAAAUAGUAGAUUGUUAUUUUGUUAAUGUUUUGAUAAUAAGUAGUGAGGCCCCCUCCUUCUGCAGUGUUUCAAUGUAGUAGUAAUGCUUUACCUGGACUAAAUGAGAUGCAUAAUUUUUACUGAAAUUUGUGUUGCUCUGGCUUUCGAUGUGAAUUUAAUUUUCAGAAUCUAGUGUUUU